AUGAUACCCAGGGUAUGGACAGAGAUCGUACGAGAGAAGCGCGAGACCAGAUCCAAGGUUAUCGAGACCUUCUUGGGCCACGACAAAGGUGACGAGGGUACUACUGGAUUUAUCCUUGAAAUCGACAGAGUUGAGGUCUUGCAAAGGGCGCUCACGAAUGGGAACCUUUGUGCUCGCGAUGUCAUUCAAACUUAUAUCAGAAGGGCGGCAGAGGUGCAUCAACAGACAAACUGCCUGACAGAAGUUUUUUUUGACGAGGCGAUAAAGGAAGCCGACAGGCUAGACCAAUAUUAUCAGCAACAUGGAAAGCUAAUAGGACCCUUACACGGAGUUCCUAUAACACUAAAGGACCAAUUUAAUGUGAAAGGCGCCGAUUCAACCAUUGGGUAUGUAUCCAGAGCAUUCAAGCCGGCUACAGAAGAUGCGGUUCUGGUCCAGAUUCUCAAGGACUUGGGCGCGGUGAUAUUGGCAAAGACAAACCUCCCACAAAGCAUCAUGUGGUGUGAAACUGAGAACCCAAUUUGGGGCCUGACCACGAAUCCAAGGAAUCCUAAAUACACCCCUGGUGGCUCAACUGGUGGUGAGGGUGUGUUACUAGCGCUUCACGGCUCAAUGAUUGGGUGGGGUACUGACAUUGGAGGAUCUAUUCGGAUACCCAGUCAUAUGAACGGGCUAUGGGGGCUCAAACCGACAAGUUCUCGACUACCGUAUCAAGGAGUCCCUGUAUCAACAGAGGGGCAGGAACAUGUUCCUUCCGCUGUGGGUCCAAUGACGAGAAGCCUGUCUUCACUCACAACAGUUAUGCAACAUGUGAUUGAGCAGAAGCCUUGGGUAGCAGAUCCCAAAGUGGCUCCUAUUCCAUGGAGACGAGAGAUCUACGAUGAGAUCCAGUCGCGACCUCUGACUAUAGGAGUGCUAGCGGAUGAUGGAGUGGUGAAGGUUCAUCCACCAAUAGAACGCGUACUCAACCAAAUGAUAGCAAGAUUGAAGCGCUCGGGUCACGAAAUCGUUCCGUGGGAUAAUUCAGGGCAUCGCGAAUGCAUCGAGAUUAUGGAUUUAUUUUACACCGCCGAUGGAGGCGAAGAUAUCCGGAGAGAAGUUCAGGCUGGGGGAGAGCCUUUUAUCCCCCAUGUUGAGGCUUUGAUCAACCGGGGCAAAGCAAUAUCGGUAUAUGAAUACUGGCAGCUGAAUAAUCGAAAGAUCAAGGCCCAAAAGGCAUACAACGACAAAUGGAAUCACGCAAAAGGCUCUGUAUCAGGGUGUAAUGUCGACAUAAUUCUGAUGCCCACCAUGCCUCACACAGCAGUUCCCCACCGAACGUGCCGCUGGGUCGGAUAUACCAAGGUUUGGAACUUCCUUGAUUAUACAGCACUUUCAUUUCCUGCUGGAACUGUGGAAGAAACGGACAAUAUCCACACGGAGGGCUACGAGCCUCGCAAUGACUACGACGCAUGGAAUUGGAAGCUUUACGACCCAGUUACCAUGCAGGGGCAUCCAGUAGGACUUCAAAUAGUCGGACGCAGAUUUGAAGAGGAGAAAGUCCUUGGGGCAGCAGCCGUCAUACAAAAGCUCCUCAAGGCAUAA